ACUGUCUGCCAUUUCAUUCGCACCCGCACAUAGCCUGCUUUGCCUUUCCCACAUGAAAACUGAAAGCAGCGACUUGGUGGAAGUUUCGUGCCCUUCGCGUUGCGUUAAAAAGUCUGCAGAAUCCGCCUUAAAAUACGCCGAUUGAUAGAUCCUAGUCCGGGGAGUCUUUUGCCACCGCAUUUCCAAAAAUCGAGCCACGCCAAGUCCGCGAAAAACGCCCUCGAAAAAGGCGAUUUUUCGUCCGCCGCUGUGUGUGUGUGACCAGAAAAAAUGCUCUUGUGCUGGAGGUGAACAAAAUGCGCUCGCCAUUUUGACUUGAAUUACGGCCAAAAAUAGACUCGAGAUCCGUGUGAGGUGCAUUCCGGAUAGUGAUACGGUUGAAAAUAAUCCUUUGGGCCGGGCCUUAACAGUGGAUACUUCCUACGUCACUCCUGCUACCGCCCCCGCCCAUCCGACUUCGAUCCCGUAUACACGUUGCGGCUACGUGCUUUCUGUCGGCAACGACUUCUUUUUGGCGGCCUUUGGUGGGGCUGCAGUCUUUCACCUGUCUACCUGGCUGCUCGCGGUAUCAGCGGUAUCAGCCUCUGUUGCCACUCCGAAUAUGGCGCACAACUCCGCCACGGCAAGCGGAACUGGGAAGACGGACGAGGUGAACUUCUUCUUCCGAGACGAGCACGGACAAAUUGCAAAGAUGUUGAAACCGGCGCACAUUAAAGCCGAACUUGAGGGCGGCAAAGUGCUCUAUGCCACUAGUUCUACGGCACGUAACAGCGGAAGCGGCAUCGGCAACGUGGGCCGCAUGGGCGCCUUCAGCCAGAUGGGUUCCUCCAGCAAGCAAGGGCAGUUUAUUCGGAUCCAGGACAACGGCCAGUCCAUUCCAAAAACAGAAAAUACCUCGUACACAACAGUGUCGUCGCAAAAGAGCGGGGGCAGCGGGGGAAAUGGCAUGUACGAUGGGGGCGAUCGCUACGUGAAGUACACGCCAAACAAUCCCAUGAAGAUCAAGUCAAAACUCCACGACAUUCAAAGCAACUCCUUGCACUCCCUAUCCGGCUCCUCGUCGUCCGUGCAAAGGAAACGAAAACCCGAUAAGGCUGGCAAAGGACUCAGACACUUCUCCAUGAAGGUCUGCGAAAAAGUGGAGGAGAAGGGCAAGACCACGUACAAUGAGGUGGCCGACGACUUAGUCAGCGAAGAAAUGAAGAACAAUGCGUACGACAACAACUGUGAUCAAAAGAACAUCCGACGUCGUGUCUACGAUGCACUCAACGUGCUGAUGGCAAUCAAUGUUAUCUCCAAGGACAAGAAGGAAAUUCGCUGGAUAGGUUUACCCGCUAACUCAGCAGAGCAAUUCUUGGCCCUGGAGGAGGAGAACAUGUUGCGCCGCGAGCGCAUCAAACAAAAGCACGAGAUGCUGCGCGAGCUGAUAAUGCAGAACGUGGCUUUCAAAGGGCUGAUCGAGCGGAAUAAGCGAAACGAGAGCCAAGGCAUGGUGCCAUCUCCAAAUUCCUCCAUCCAGCUGCCCUUUAUUAUCGUAAACACGCACAAGUCUACCAAAAUCAACUGUAGUGUCACCAAUGACAAGUCCGAAUACAUAUUCAAGUUCGAUAAGGCUUUCGAAAUGCACGACGACAUUGAGGUCCUCAAGCGAAUGGGCUUGUUGCAGGGCCUAGACAAGGGAGAGUGCACGCCGGAGAAUAUUGAACGUGUCAAAUCGUAUGUGCCGCCAAAUCUCGCCAAAUACGUGGAAGCCUACGGUACGGGAAAAACUGGCGAUACCAUGUACGAGUCUGACGAUGAGGGCCAUGAUUUCAAUGGGUACCUGGAGUCGGCCAACGAGUCUCAGAGCUUCACCCAGCACUCGAGCCAACAUACAAACGAUGGCGAGUACAAGCUGGAGCUGGAUGAUGACGAGUUGGAGGACGACAUCGAUUGAGUUGACGUCGCCGCCGGCGUUGUGCCAGUGAUGGCCAAUGCAAAAGCGGAUGCGGAUGGAGAUGCAAAUGCUGUAGCUGAAGCUGAUGCGGAGGAUACAUUUAGUUUUACGUUUAUCAACGCUUUGCUAGGUUUGCCACGCCCCCCCGGUUAGAUCAUCCCCCACUCCAAUCCUCACCCCUCCGACCCACCCACACAGUUGGUUUUGUUCAUUUCUCGAUGAGACUCUAUUAAACUAUACGGAUUCUCGCUAUACGGCGAGAAUUAUGAAUCGGUAGUUUCAUGUAUGUACGUGUAGUUGGCGUACACAGAUUGUACUUGUAACUUUGAAGAUUUAUGUUUAAGCUCAAACGUUUUUAAAUUAAUUUGUCUAGUUAAGCAGAAACCGUAUUUUAGUGCAAAUCACAACACAUUUAACAGUUCAGCAAUACCACCCGAUAAAGGUCCCCAGCCCCGCCCCAGCAAUUGUUUAUUAUUAGAUGUUAUGAGUCUCCUUUCCCACUGGCCUCUCCAUUAUUUGGCUGGGCAAUAAGUAAGCGCGAUUAUGUUGUGGGUAAAUGUCUCUUAAAAUAUAAUAUAUAUACCAAAAUUGUACACAUAACAACGGUGAAAUGCGAUUAUUUUUAGAACGCCCACUGUGCAGCUUCCACUGCUGCCGCUGACAAGGACGAACAUAUGAAAUAUGUUUCAUUUGCUUAGACCACCACCCCCCUUGACAAGAAGACAUGUUUUGAAUUUCUCCAGAAACAAACAAAAAAAAAACAAAAAUAUAUAAAGAUACAGACUUAAGUUGACAAUGAAGUGCAGAUAUUUACAAAUAAUUAACCUACCUAAUUAGCAAUAACAACUAAAACAAGAAAAGGAAACAAACUUUCAGAAUUUGUAUUUAUAUUAUCGAACCUUCUUAACAGAAAAACAAAAACAUACAAAUUAGUAGAGUCAAGUAGAAGGCGUUAACGAUUAAGUGUCGAGCAAGUAGUUGUGUAAUAAAUCGAAUUAAUUGGAAUGAAGCAAAGGAUCUAACAUACAAAAUAGUUACAGACGAAAACGAACCGAGUGACAAGUUAAUAAAAUGAAUUGCGUAUUGUAAAAUAUGGUACAUCAA